AAGUUAUUAUACUGCAUGGUAGGUACUCACUCCUCAAUGCUAAACCACAUUAUUGAUAAAGGCUAUAUAUAUUUUGAUCACACAUUCAAAAAGCAAAAAAUCCCAUUUGUGAAAUCACCAACAAAGUUGAAUGUUUGAAAUAUCAUAAGGGUAUAAAUUUAGGAGGGUGAUCAUCAUCUUCUUGGUGCUUACAUUUUCUCUUUACUUUAGGUAUUUCAUGCAACACAUGUCAUUAAAGGGUCACCUACUUUAUGAAAAGUAUAGAACGUGCUUGAUGAAUUGAAGUGGUAUGUGAAGAAUUCAGUUUUAGUGAUGUGAUAAAUCUUCAUGGCAAAGAGGAAGAGCUGGUUUGGAUGGGUGAAAAGUCUUUUCAUUUCUGAGUUAAAGGACAAAAAGCAAAAGAAAUGGAUAUGGAGAUUAGGAAGGAUUAAACAGAAGCAAUAUCCUACAAUUACAGCUUCAAACAAGACAUUGAUUGAAGUUGCAAGUGCAGAGCAGAGAAAACACGCUUUAGCUGUGGCUAUUGCAACAGCUGCUGCAGCAGAGGCUGCAAUUGCUGCUGCACAUGCUGCUGCUGAGGUUGUCAAGCUCACAGAUGGCUCUUCUCGUUCGUAUUCAUAUCUCUCUAAGGGAGACAGAAGUUUUGCUGCCAUCAAGAUUCAAAGCGCUUACCGCGCACAUCUUGCUAGGAAAGCAUUAAGAGCAUUGAAGGGAGUUAUAAGACUACAGGCCAUAAUUCGUGGAGAAGCUGUUAGGCGUCAAGUGAUUAGAACAUCAAAGAAUGUUCCAUCUUAUGCAAAAAACCGGAAGGAAAUCCAGGAAAGAAGCAGCCAUACUGAGGAAGAAAACUACAAAAAUGACCAUAUAAAACAGUUUCCAAAGGAAAAGAAAAGAAUAGAAGAAAAUGAACUUAAGGGAAAGUUUGCAUUGAUUUUGAGGAGUCCUAGUGUCAAAUCCACUCAACAUGUUUUGCAGCCUGAAUGUGAUAAUCAAAGAACUUGGAAUUAUAGUUCUUGCUCAAGAGAAGACAUUGAAGCCAUAUGGUUAAGAAAGCAAGAAGCUAUUGUCAAAAGAGAUAGGAUGAGGCAAUACUCUUCUUCACAAAAGGAGAGAAUAUUUUCCCAAAGGGUGGAAGAAUCUCUACAAAACAAAGAAUUUGGAGGAGAUAGUUGUCAUACUCUAGGAGAGUGGCUACAUAAAGAAACAUGUAACUGGAAUGAUCCUUCAAAUAUCACAAUAAGAAAUGAAGUGCAAGAAGGAUUAAGAUCGCAAAUUUCAGUCCAAAGAAAAUCAUUUUCUCAUGUGAAAACAAGUUCAAUUGGAGAUGAGAGUUCCAUGCCAAAUUCUCCAUUUUUCCCUAAAUACAUGGCUCUCACUGAAUCUAGUAAAGCAAAAGUAAGGUCUAUGAGCACACCAAGGCUAAGAACAUGAUUUUUGGAUGCAUGAAUUUCUAAAGUCAUCAUCUCACAUGUUGAAAAUCUUGACAUGCAUAUAUUUGAGUUUGAACAUUA